AUGAAACGACAUUUAUCGACGGAAUCUACAAGUGAAUCUGCACGUAGCUUGAAGAAACUUUGUGAGAACCUAAUUCAGAAACAUACGCCAUCACCAACGAGUAGUAUUGAUCCACUUAUUGUCGAGAUUGAUAGUUAUUUGAAAUUGGACAUAGUUUGCGAUGAUGUACUGGAAUUUUGGAGAGUGUCGGGCGAAAAGUUUUGUAAUUUGAAAAGACUCACACAAAUUGUUCUGGCAAUUCCAGCUACUUCCACUCCUAGUGAACAAGUUUUUUCCACAACAGGAUUGAUUUUAAAUGCGAAGCGCACAAUGUUAGCACCCGAAAAUGUUGGCAAAAUUCAAGUAAUUCAUGAUAAUUAUGAUAUAUUUAAAAAAAUCUAG